AUGGCUCUUCCAGGUGUCGAGCAAACGAUCCAUCGUGAUCCCGCGCUCUUCUACUGGAUUCUCCUGCCCAUCACGAUCGUUAUGAUCCUGACUGGCGUUCUACGACACUACGCAACCGUAUUAUUACACACGCCUCCUAAGCCUCCGUCUUCUCUGCUCGAAUCCCGCGAACGACAGGCAAUCUUGAGGGGCAUCAACCUGCGGAACAACGCCAACGCUGCACUGACAGCAUCCUCCUUCACAAGCCGGAAGGAAUAUCUCAUCGACUCUUUCAAGAAGGGGUCGUUCCUCCGUGGUGGCCCUGAGUCUCGCGGCAAGGCAGCGCCGAAUCCGAUGUCCGACCCCGCAGCCAUGGAAGGCAUGAUGGGCAUGAUGAAGGGUAACAUGGCCAUGAUGAUCCCACAAACACUCAUAAUGUCCUGGAUCAAUGCGUUCUUUGCCGGCUUCGUCAUUCUGAAACUGCCUUUCCCCCUUACCAUACGGUUCAAGAGCAUGCUCCAGUCCGGCGUCAUGACCAGGGAUCUCGAUGUUCGAUGGGUGAGCAGUUUGUCCUGGUACUUUUUGUGUCUGUUCGGCCUUCAGAGUGUCUUCAUUUUCAUUUUGGGCAAUGAGAAUGCGGCAAGCCAAAUGGCCCAGCAGGUGGCUCAAAUGAACCCCGGCGCCAAUGCGAAUCCUUUCGGACCAGGCCAGGAUCCCGAUAAGAUGUUCUUGGCCGAGGCUGAGAAUCUAGAGGUCCUCGAGCAUUGGAGUAUUCUUGAUGACGCCGACGACAGGCUCCUGAAGAUCUAUGGCAGUUGA